ACAAUUUCAAAGGAAGUGGAGGUUUUAUCUGGUGAUCGCAGUAGUACAUGACUGUGUAGUCGUUGUUUUCUACUAGCAGGUAGUUUGAAAUGGCAACUUCCUCUCGUGCAAAGGUCUGCCUCGUAGCAUGCGGCUCGUUUAAUCCUAUUACAAACAUGCACCUGCGUUUGUUUGAGUUGGCGAAGGACACUUUGCACCAGACUGGUCGCUUUGAGGUUGUGGGAGGCAUAGUAUCACCUGUGAAUGACGCCUAUGGGAAAAAGGGACUAAUAAGCGGUGAGCAUCGGCUGAAGAUGUGCAAGUUAGCAACUGCAUCAUCAGAUUGGAUAAGGGUUGUGGACUGGGAAGUUGAGCAGAAAGCCUGGACCCCCACAAGAAAGACAAUGGAGCAUUAUGAGAACACGUUGAACAGCCAGGCGGGUUCAACUGUGUCACUGAAGCUGCUGUGUGGUGGUGAUCUUCUAGAGUCGUUUGCCGUGCCGGACUUGUGGGCUGUAGAUGAUAUGGACAAGUUGACCGGUCAUUUUGGACUAGUCGUGGUCACGCGUGCUGGCUCGAAUCCUGAGAAAUUCAUCCAUGAAUCCGAUGCUCUGUACAAGAAUCGGUCUAAUAUCAUGAUUGCACGCGAGUGGAUUUCGAACGAGAUCAGCUCUACAGAAAUCCGCCGCGCUAUUCGACGCCAGAGCAGCGUCCGCUACCUCAUCCCGGACCCAGUUCUGGAGUACAUCAAAGCUAACGAUCUUUACCAAGUAUGAUGAGAUGGCACACGUCCUGUUCCGAAUGACUGGUGUGAUGUUCGUCACAAUUGCUACCGUAUUCAGUAUACCCCUAGAGACAACAACUCUAUUUUAGUAUUUUUUUUGGUGAAGAUUUCGCCAGAGACCCUUUCUGCACGGCUUCACAUUGCAAGGACCUUCCAUACUUGAGUAUGCUGCAAGUUAGCUUCCAUUUCUGAGGCAUUCCUGUAUAGCAUGGUUGCCCGUAUCAUCAUUAUUGUAUGUACAGAAAGAAACUGCAGGGCUGGUGAGUGCCCUAGCGAAAUUACCAUUGGCAUGACUGCAUAAAAAAAACAUGACAGCUAUUGAUACAACACACCCUAUGCACUCCUAUUUGAAUUAUUCAUUGUACUGUUUUAGUGCUAGCAUUGAACACACUUUCUACAUACUUGCAACAAUAUAGUGCUUUCGAAACUUCCAUUAUCGCUACUAGUACAGUACCAGAAUCAUGGCAUAUGAAUUUACAUGUGCUGCAAACCUAUGAUGAUGUGCUGUUGAUGUGCUGCUGGUGAGCGAGAUCACUGUGGCCAAGCAUCACAACUCUGAACAUAUGCUAUGAGAAGCAAUGUACAUGACUGCUUGUACUAGAAAUGGCCCGUAUUGUAUUGGCACAUCAUUACACAAUUCAUCACGAGUACAUGCAUUGCAUAGUGAACAAGACGGCAUCAAGAUUCUUCAGUUCUUUGCUGGCGUCGACUGGUCAGGACCUAAACUUGAUUAUAUACUUUCCGGUUGACCGCUUGGCCUUGA